UCUCCCACAUUAAACCAUCCGUCAUUUAAUGUAAGUCACCUGUGUGCUCUUCCACUCAGUCACUGACACAAGGAGGGAGAGCACCAAGGUUAAACAAAACACAAGGUGUGGUGUUCUCGUUGGAUCGUCUGUCUGGGAUACGGCAGUGAAAUAAAAACCAGCUGAAAGACAACCGAACAUCCAGAUUGUCAAUCAUGGCCACUCAGCCCAACUAUAACCACCAUGAAGGUGCCUACGUCGCUGUGAUGAAAGGCUUGAGAGAGCUGGACCUCAGCGGCCCUCGUGUUCCCAGUGACCUGGUUCUGAUUGGAGACCAUGCUUUUCCUUUAGCAGUGAACAGCCAAGGCCAGGUCCUGAUGGCUGCCUCUCUGUACGGCAAAGGACGGAUAGUGGUCCUCGGUCAUGAGGGCUAUCUCACCGCCUUUCCUGCUCUGGUGGAGAAUGCUCUGUUUUGGUUAAGAGGAGAGGGAUCUGACAACCCGUCUGUGGGUGUCAACAAAUCCGUCAAGGAGGUCGCUGAUAAUCUCAGCAAAUCCUCCUUUCAAUCCAAAAUUGUGGGGUCCUUUGAUAAAAGUCUGGGGGUUGGUGUGUACGUGACCAAUGCCUACAGUGUGGGUUCAGAUGUGAAGGACCUGGUGGCCUUCAUGAAAGAUGGAGGAGGAGUGCUGAUAGCAGGGCAGGCGUGGAGUUGGUCUAAGGUGCACCCUAAGGAGAACACACUGCUUUUCUUUGAAGGGAACAAGGUGUCUGGUGUGGCAGGGAUCUACUUUUCAGAGCAUUGUGGUGCGGUAGAGUGCGUCCCUGUGUUCCCACAGAUCCCAUCGUCCUGGAUGGCUGUAGUUAUUGGAAAGGACUUUGAGGAUGACCUUGAGUUUUUACUCGAGGGGGUUCCAGAGUUUGACCUGUCGGGUGGUAGCGUCUGUUCUGAGAUUCUGGUUCACGGCCCGCUGGCCUUUCCCAUCGGGACCACCGCUGAUGGAAAGGCAUUUCUGGCAGGAGCCUACUAUGGGCAGGGACGUAUCAUCGUGAUUACACAUGAAGGAUUCCUGGGACGAGAGAACCUCACUAAGUUUUGGAGCAACGCCCUUCGUUGGUUGGAUGAAGGCCGUAAGGGAGUUGUUGGUGUCUCGCACAAACAUGCACUCGCCAAUCUCAGCAAAUCUGGGUUAAAUUGUGUGUCGUCAACUUUCCGAGAUGACCUGAGUGUAUACGUGUGUACGACGUACAGCGAUGCUAACUCAGAGGAAAUUCAAGACUUUGUGGCAGAGGGAGGAGGCCUCCUGAUGGCUGGACACGCCUGGUACUGGGCACAGAAGAACCCUGGGCUAAAUAUAUUCUCAGAGUACCCAGGGAACCAUGUCCUGAACAAACUGGGCUUGAGCAUGUUGGGUUCAAUAAUCAGAGGAGGUACAUUCAAAGCCCCUGAGCCGAGCAAGGCCAAAGAAAACUACCACUUCCGCCAACUGCUCCACCGCUUUCAUUGCCAUGUUACCAAAGGGGAAGCACUGAGCAAGCAUGAUGAGGAAGGUCUGACAAAGCUGGGCCAAGACUUAGCCUCCUACUUGCACAUGAACGCUCAUGACUGCUGCUCCUACACACAGGUGGUCUCCAACCUCACUCAUGUCUUAAUGAAGGCGGGUAUGCCUCAGGUUUGUGACACCUGCCCCGCCAAGACUCCAAGAGACCUCCUGCUCCUCAGUGUGGGGCCAGAGCUGUACAAGGUUUCCUCGAAUCCUGAUGCCCUCCUGCCCCACCUCAUCAAGGAUAAUCCCGCAAUGCCAGUGAUCUACAACCACUGUGUCACAAUUAAUGUUGACACAGCAGGAGGGUUAGAGUGGGUCAGUACAGGUCUUUACCUGUCUCCUGGCAUGAAGACCUACAUUUCCUUACCAGCACGGAUUGUCAACAAGGGAUUUAAGGUCCAGAUUGGCUGUCAAACAGACACUCUCAAGACGAAUGUGCUGAAGAGAGCACGGUGUGUUCAUGAGCAAUAUCCUGUAAACGCAGAGAUGAUGUUGGUGUCGAACCUGUGGGGGGGUCUCAUCUACCUGGUGGUCCCGCCCAAAACAAAAGAGGAUGGGCUAGAGGUCAAAGUGCAGAUUGCUGUACCUGCACCAUACUAUAAAUCUGGUGUGACAACACCAGCUGAAUGGUCGUUGCUGCGUACAGCUCCCGCACCCUGGGCAGAGCUAGAGUUUGCCAACAUCAUCCUCACCGUACCAUCAGAUGUGGUUCGGAACCUGGAGUGCCCUGAUGAGCUGGCAGUGCUUUGGGAUGACAUCAUGAAGGGCAUUGCCGAUCUUGCUGUCAUACCACACAAAUUUCCUCGCAAGGAGCGCUAUGUAUGCGACGUGCAGAUCUCCCACGGUUGGAUGCAUGCAGGUUAUCCUGUCAUGAUGCACAGGGCCACAGCAGCUACGCUGGUCGACAUCCCCAACAUUAAAAAGACUGGAUUGUGGGGCGCCAUCCAUGAACUGGGACACAACCAACAGAAACGCCACUGGGAAUUCGCACCACACACUACAGAGUGUACAUGCAACCUGUGGUCUGUGUAUGUGCAUGAAACCGUGCUGGGGAUCAGCAAGGAGAAGGCUCAUGGAGCAAUGACUCCGGAGAAUCGAAACAACCGUACAGAGGCGUAUGUCAAGGGGGGCAGAGAACUUGCUAGCUGGAGUGUAUGGACGGCCCUGGAGACGUACAUGCAGCUCCAGGACAAGUUUGGCUGGGACGCCUUCAAGAAGGUGUUUGGAGCCUACCACAAGAUGAACCCUGCCACCUUUCCAAAGGACAACAAUGGCAAGAUGAACCUGUAUGCUGAGACCUUCUCCCAGGCUGUGAAGAUGAACCUCUCUGGAUUCUUUAAGGCCUGGGGCUGGCCCAUAGAAAAAGAAACGGAGGGGAAACUUUCCAAACUGCCACCAUGGAGUGAUCACCCCAUGGUCAAGUAUAACUGAGCUUCAGACUGCUGCUGAUAGGAAGUGUAGCGGGGCGGUUUUAAGACUGCCAAAGUCCUUUUAGGGGCGAAUUCACAAAAGAUAUCAUAUGGCCGCUGCACAGCACAAGCAACAUUUAUUAGAAAUAUUCUCGGGGGACUAUUGUCAAACAUAUUGUGCAAUAAUAUUCUAGUGUGUCUAGUUUAGGCGCCUUACAACCUUAACCUGCUGAGGUCAAUUUCAACCCAAGAAAGAUGAUAAGCAAAUGGUUUUCCAUUUAACUUCACAUGCAGCCACUUCAUAUCUGCUUCCUUAUCUUUAUAUUCACUCCUCCUGCCUCUGUCUCCAGCAUUUAGCAAUAGAUCAGAAGUCUGAUCUUAGCCAUUCAGUUUUGUUUCGGGUCGUAACUCUAAUGCUCUUACAGACUGAACCGUGUAACAGUAGGCCUAAUUCACUUGGGUUAUAAGGGUAUGGGCAUAUUACCUUCAAUGAUAUUUGCAUUAACUUUCCAUGGAACAGACACUAAUAAACAUUUUACUUCACCA